AUGCCUGGACGAGGUGGAGCGGGCAAUAUUCUCGUGCAACAACAGCAAGCCAAGCGUGGCGCUGACGACCUCGAGGCAAAUCAGCAAAUUAUCGCUACCUCGGCAGACAGUUCGCUUCCGCGAGAGAAGCAGCAAUAUGCCCACACUGGACGUGGAGGCGCUGGCAAUUGGUACAGCCCUCAAGAGCUGAAGCAAACCGGCACAUACGAUGAUGGAUUGCCAGCAGCAGCAGCCUCGGCUCAAGCCCAGCAAACAGCAGCUGAGCCUGUUCGGAGGUAUGGACGCGGUGGAGCUGGCAACAUGUCCUUUGGCGUGAGCGAAGAUGAAGAGCAUGCGAUCGGAAACAGAAUGGCGGAAGAGGAAGCCAAGCGAGAGAAAGUCGCGGCUGACGUCGAGGCCAACGUCAACGCGAUGCUAGCAGAGCCACCAAAGGCUAGGCUCUCUGGUCCUCCCUGA